UCGGGACUUGAACCUGCGGCUGUCUUCCUCCAGGUGGCGAAGCAGUGGUACGACUUUGAGCGCUCGUCCUUUGUGUUCGUGAGGAAGCUGAGGGAAGGACAGACCUUCACGUUCAGACACCAGCACGACUUCGACGAGAACGGGAUCAUCUACUGGGUCGGCACCAACGCCAAGACCGCCUACGAGUGGGUAAAUCCCGCUGCCUAUGGCCUGGUGGUGGUGACAUCAUCAGAGGGGCGUAACCUCCCCUACGGGCGGCUGGAGGACAUCCUGAGUCGGGAUAGCUCCGCCCUCAACUGCCACACCAACGACGACAAGAACGCCUGGUUCGCUGUCGACCUCGGUCUGUGGGUCAUUCCCUCAGCGUACACACUGAGACACGCCAGGUAAUAAACCUAACGUACACACUGAG